UCCUUACUGUACAGUGUGUUCCUCCUAGUUGAGCUGAGCUAAGGUGUUUAUAUUUGGCACCGCAGUAGUGUAGUAUUCUGCUACUGUGGCCUUUCCAUUUGGCACCUCAAACAAGCAUUUUCUAAAAGGUUGCCAGAAUUACAAAGUCGUUUAAAAAAACAAUACACGCCAACAAAUGGCUGAAACACACUCCAAAACAUCCAAUUUUCCCGUCACAUUUGACCUUUUCGCUGCAAUACCCUCAGUUAGCGCUUAGCUAGCAACUAGCUCUCAAGCUAACGUCAAGUUAGCGUUGGAGCCGUGCGAGUGACAACGUUCACAGUGACACACAACGUCAACAGGAGACGUGUAACGCGCAAAGAAUAAUAAUAAACAAACAAACACUUUUAGCCUUCCAUGCGGACUUUUUCUUGGAGAGAAUUGACCGGUUGUGCUCGAGUCCACCAGCAUGUUGCCGCCGAGCACACGCCGCCUGCUGCUGGGGAGAGGACUCGCGUUACUCCAUGACUCCUUCCACUCGCCUACUGGUAAGAGACUGCGGGUGUUGGUUGACAUGGACGGCGUCCUGGCCGACUUUGAGGGCGGGUUCUUGAGUAAAUACCGGGCGAGGUAUCCGGAUGAGCCCUACAUCUCCCUGGAGGACAGGAGAGGGUUCUGGGUGUCCACCCAGUAUGGAAGACUCAGGAGUGAUCUUUCUGAGAAAGCUAUCAGUAUAUGGGAGUCCAAGGACUUUUUCAUAGACCUGGAGCCCCUCCCAGGCAGCGUUGAAGCACUGAAGCAGAUGUCCAACAUGGACAAUACAGACGUCUUUAUCUGCACCAGCCCUAUCAAGCGUUUCAAGCACUGCCCUUAUGAAAAGUACGCGUGGGUUGAAAACCAUUUGGGACAUGAAUUCCUGGAGCAGGUUAUUCUGACCAGAGACAAGACGGUGGUCAGCGGAGACAUCCUUAUAGACGAUAAACCUGACAUUUUAGGUGUGGAGCCCAAACCCACGUGGGAUCACGUUUUGUUCACCGCCUGUCACAACAAGCACCUUUCUGUCAGUCCUCCGCAGAGGCGCCUUCAGUCGUGGUCUGAUGACUGGCAGGCCAUCUUGGAGGGCAAAAGGAAGUGACGUACGGCUUCAGUUAAAAGCUAAGGCAUUCCAAAUGCAAUCAAGAUCGCAUCACCAGCUGUAUUGCCUCUUAUUCGGCUGCAGGUGCUCAUAGGGGAAAUCAUUCACUGAUCCAAAGAAACACUUGACGGUAAAUCCAGAAGUCAAACAAACCACUCUAGUUGAGGUGUCUUAGCCUUGUUUGACCACAAGGAAGCGAUGUGAGACUGAAGCAUGUUUUGAUCCCGAACAAAGUGCAGACUGAAAUUAAUGUUAGCUGUAAAUGUGAAAUGUAUCCUCUCAUUAGCACACGUUUCAACUGAUUUUACCUUUUGUGCAGAGGUGCGUGAAUGAGCCAACAAACACUUCCUCUCUUCACACUCGAUUAGUCACCAAUGGUUGCCUACCAUUUACAGACCAAAUACUGUAUGUGCAAUACUGGGCAAUUAGAUAACUAAAAUUAGGUGUGAUAUAGUCAGUGUUCAAAGAGCUUUUUCUUUUUUUUUUUUUUUUAAAGAAAAAGAAUACUUUUAGUGCUUAUUUUUAUCUUUGUUUUAAAAUAAUCUAUGCAUUUUACUUAUUAUGAAAAAGAAAUAUAACAAAUAUAAUUGCAUACACUAAUGCACAUGUUAAUUUAGAAUCAGCCAAUGAAAUUAGGCUGAUUUUAUUAAAGAAGAUCAUAGUUAAAAAUGCGGUGAUUUAAUUAAAAAAUAUGUUUUUUGCUUGCAAAAAGUAUUUUGCAGUUUUUGCUCCUAUGUACUUUUUACACGAACACUCACAACUCCUUGUUUUUUUUGUUGAGUUUACUUACAUCAUUUUUUUAAUUGUAUGUAGAAAAAUAAGUACUGUAAGAUGACACCCAUUACAAGAACUGUGUUCUCAAAAUGCCACCUAGUAAUUGUUUGCAUAACAACGAUUUACAAUGGAUCGAUAAAGUACCUUCACAAAAUAAAUGUCUGUGGUGUACA